UGAAUGCACGGUCGCACUUUCGACUGGCACUGAACAACACUGAUUAGUGCAAAAAUUUUUUACAACGUGAUUAAAUAUAGAUAAUUUUCGGGACAUAAACGGAACGCAAGGAUCCGUUAACGUCGCAGGAGUGUAAGCUCUAGAUACAAGCAAAUUGGUUAUACAGGAGGAGAGACCUGCGAAUACCCGGUAAACCGUACGGAUCAGUCCAUAAAUCAUCAUGCCACGAGGAAAGUUCGUCAACCACAAGGGUCGGAGUCGCCAUUUCACAUCUCCCGAGGAACUGCAGCAGGAGUCGGAGGAGGACAGCGACCAGACCAGCGGCUCGGGAUCAGAUAGCGACGAUAAAGACGCUGCCGGCGGCGGUGCCAGUUCCUCCGCCUCCAAAGCGAAGGCUCCCGCCCAACGAAAAGCGCCCGUGCAUCGCAAUCAAAAGUCCCGAUCAGCGGCGGGCGCCGCCGCGGCAAGUUCCUCGGAAUCGGAGUCCGGCGAGGAUUCCGACGACUCCGAAGCGGAAGCGCGCGAUGCCAAGAAGGGCGUGGCCUCACUCAUCGAAAUCGAGAACCCCAACCGGGUGACCAAGAAGGCCACACAAAAGCUAUCGGCCAUCAAGCUGGACGACGGGCCAGCCGGUGCCGGCGGUAUUCCCAAGCCGGAGCUUUCUCGCCGCGAGCGCGAACAGAUCGAGAAGCAGAAGGCUCGACAGCGUUACGAGAAACUCCAUGCUGCUGGCAAGACCACCGAGGCUAAGGCCGACCUGGCCAGAUUGGCCCUCAUCCGGCAGCAGCGCGAGGAGGCGGCCGCCAAGAGGGAGGCGGAAAAGAAGGCAGCCGAGGUGGGCACCAAGAAGCCGGGUGCCAAGUAGAUAAUCCAUCCUUGAAACCUUCCCCUUCCCAUGCGGGAAUUAAUAGAGCUCUCAAUUGUGUAACGUAUACAAAAUUCGCAAUAAUCCUUUUGGUGAACAGUGCAAUUAGUUAAGCAUGAAUUACCGUAAACAUAACUUCAAAAUUAUGCAAGUUUUUUAAGCCUAUCUUUUGUAA